UCUUUCUUUUUCGUUCAACACUCAAACGGUGUGCUUGUUCUCUGAAGAGCUAAGGACUAUCGUCGACUUGCACGAUAAACAGACAAAUUUAAGUGAAUUUAAACACAAAACCCACUAAAUUUUUUUAAAAGAUGACUUCAAAAGCUGAAUUGGCCUGCGUUUACUCCGCACUCAUCUUGGUUGAUGAUGAUGUUGCUAUCACCAGCGAGAAAAUCUCAACCAUCUUGAAGGCUGCUAACGUCGAUGUUGAGCCAUACUGGCCAUCAUUGUUCGCCAAAGCCCUUGAAGGUGUCAACGUCAAGGACUUGAUCACCAACAUCGGUUCAGGAGUUGGUGCUGCUCCAGCUGCCGGCGCUGCCGCUGCUGCCCCAGCUGCCGCUGAAGACAAGAAGGAAGCCAAGAAGGAAGAAAAGAAGGAAGAAUCCGAAGAAGAAGACGAUGACAUGGGUUUCGGUCUCUUCGAAUAAACAUCCAAAUCUUCUUGAAAAAGCUUUUUCAUUUUGUACAGUUCUAAUGUGCA